AUGUCAUCGACAAAAGCAGACCGCAACACUCCACCUGGGAUCAGAGACGAGAAGCGCCGUACGAUCAUCAACAAAAACACCGGGGAGACAAUCACUUGGACCACAUACGGAUACGAGAGCGGAGGUAAAGAAGCCAGCGCCGUCCUCGUGUGCAAACCAGGCGGCGGUCCGCCCGUUCACUACCACACCAGCUAUGCCGAGCGGUUCCAAGCGGUCGAGGGCGAACUGGGCGUGAUAUUGGGUAACAGGGAGCCCAUCCACCUGAAGCCGGGCGAGUCGGCUGACAUUCCCAUCGGCACGAGCCACCGCUUCUUCAACGAUGGAGACAAGGAUGUCACCUUCAAGGGUUUCGUUCUGCCUGGACAUGCAGGCUUCGAGAGGAGCUUGUACAUACUCUUCGGUCUGAACAACGACGGGCUGGCGGAUCCGGAGACGGGCAUGCCGCACAGCAUCGUACAUACUGCCCUGAUCGGGGAGAUGAGUGAUAUGAGGUUUCCAGGCUUCCAGGGCGGAUUGAUGAAUUACGUUGGCAAAGUCCUGGCGUUGUACGCGAGGUGGACCGGCGUCGAGAACGAGUUAUUGAGGAGAUACUGGGAUUGA